AUGAUUGUGAGCUUGUUAGGAAUGAUUAAUAUAUAUUUUUUUCUCACAGGAUUGUUCAAAGUUGUGAAUCUUCCUACAGAUUCAUCAGCAGAACCUGCAGGGCCCAAGGAAUAUAACAAGAUCGUGUACCUUCUAAUCGAUGGGCUCCGAUUUGAUUCCUCCAUAAAGACAUCGAAAAAGGGCCAUAUCUUCAACAAAAUGAAGCAUUUGGAAUCGAUCGAUUCAAAAUUUCACGCUCUGAGUGUCAGCGGAAUUCCAACAGAGACAGGGUCUAGAGUCAUAGGACUGACAACAGGGACCCCAAGCAACUUCUUAACAAGCGUAGCCAAUCUCCAAGGAUGCUCCAUAUAUUGGGAUAACAUGGUGAGGCAACUUCUUAAGGAUGGACGGUCCUCAGCAUUCUUCGGUGAUUGCCAAUGGAUAAGCUACUUCCCAGAGCUUAGAAACGGAACCCAUUAUGUAAUGGAUCCAUAUGGAAGACACGAAAUAAGAAAGCAAGAAGAUGAUCUCAUAGAGAAAAUGCUACAGAGUAUAAACAACUAUGAUGUCAUCAUUGCACAUUUGAUAAAUCUUGAUUCCUACGGCCAUAUCUAUGAGACUAUAGAUCACGAAGAAAUGGAACAUCAGCUAGUAAUAUAUGACAACCUCAUAAAUGGUAUAUACAAGAAAAUGUCGGAAGACACAUUAUUUGUAAUAUGUAGCGACCACGGCGUUGAUAAUAAUGGGGCUCAUGGCGGGGUUUCUACAUUAGAAAUGUCUGCAGUAGGGAUUUUUAUAUCGAAGGAUGAGAGAUUCACCAAUCUCCCUUCUGUUGAUAAAGAAGUAGAAAGCCUAAGGAAAAAACAUAUCUCAAGAAUGUAUGAUGAGGAUCCUCUUCUGAUACAAAGCAAGGAACCAUAUCUAACCAUUCAUCAAGACGAUAUCCUUCCGACACUCUGUUAUCUUAUGGGAGUACCUAUCCCGAAGGUAUCCAGUGGUAAUUUCAUACACGAGCUCGUUCAUGACACCAAUGCAUACAAGACUUAUUGCAAACAAAAAUGUGAUGUACUCAAUAUUCCGUUCGAGGAUAGUCAUAGAGAACUUAAUGAAUACAUAAAAUUGAACUAUAAGCUGAGUGAAGAAAUAUCAAACAGAUUUGCAGGAAGAGAUCAUUUCAGGCUAGUCGUUUCGGGCAUACUGUCAGUAAUAAUAGCAUUACUUGUGAUCUUUAGAAUCCUUGACUCUAAGCUCUACAAGUUUGGACAUCUUGUCCUAUUCUUUGUGAUCAUAAUGACAGGGCAUUCUGUGCUGUCAAUAAUACACGAAGAUUUGUUCUGGGCCAUUCUUUUCUUCGCUUUUAAUCCUUCCCCCAAGAACUUACUUGGAGCCAUAAUGCUUCUACAGAUGAUAAGGCCUCCGUCAGAUACGAAUCCUUUCUAUGUCCUUGUGAUAAAGAGAAUCAAGCUUUCUCCUCUGUUUAAUGGGAAUCUUCUCUUUAUCCUUGAGCUGUGUUUGUUUGGAAUACUGGACAACAUUACUCACUUUGAGAAAACCCUCUGGUUCUUUCUCAAUAGCAUCCUUAAGAUACUCAAUAACUAUCCUCAUGUUUUCAUUUCCCUUCUUAGAUAUGUCUUGGGUGCUAGCCUUGAUAAUGCAUCCUGGAGACUUAGUCUCUUUGUAUCAUCACCCAGUAUCGAUACCUUAAUAGCCUUAGUAUUCAGACCAAUGGAAUCCAUCUAUCUUACCUACAUUAUUAGAAGACUAGAUAUGGAGAGAAGCAUCUACACAUAUUUCUCAUUGGUCAAUAUGGCCUUUUCCUCUUCCGGGUUGCAAAAACUAUUCCAAUCAAUUAAUUACGGUGUGUUUUUUACAUUCUCGGAUAAUUUCCUCAUAGCACCUGUAGCACUAAUAGCUUUCCUCUAUUUUAUCUAUCCGAGAAUUAGGGCCAUACAAUUAUUCAUAUCUCACCAAUCAGAUACAAGCUCUUUCAAGGAGAAAAGAGGCUUUGGGUCUUCCGUAAAGGAUAUAAUUACGUUCCAUAGUUUCAAUUUAUUGGUUGUUAUGUGGUCUGGAUACGUUAUCUGUGAGUCAUUAUCGUUCUAUAAGUUCCUUGGGAUUAGAGCAUUCUUUGAAUAUCUUUAUUACAUUUCUGACAUUCUUUUGUUCUCAAUGGUUGGGCUAAUUAAAAGGAAGAUGUAG